AUGAUUGAUCCAAACAUAUUUGGAAACAAAGAUGAAACGACAAAUAUGAGUCUUGUCGAUUUCUAUCACUUUCAACUAGUUAGUUUUCGUGGUAAAAAAUUACCGACUAAUUUAGUGAAUUCACAUGAUGAACAUGUUAAAUAUCCGGCAUUUCUUAUCAAUUUUGGAACAUACUAUAAAGUACUUGUUUUUUGUUAUUAUGAUUUGGGAGAAUUUUACCAACCAUAUUUUCCUUGUGAAAUUGUAUUUUUUCCUGAUAAUAGUCAAACUAUAAUUGCAAUCGAUGAAAUUAAUCAACGAACUUAUAAAACCAUUAGCUACGGUUCUGAAGAACAAGAAACUUCAUAUGCUAUGAAAAAUUUUCCAUACUCAAUUCCUAAUUCACUUCAAUCAAAAAAUUAUAUUCAAUUAUUAGUCGAUUCUCCACCUCUUGGUUGUAUGUAUGGAACAUAUUAA